GACAUGGCCAAUACUUUCAUCCACUGCACCAGUAACUGGACGCCGCCGCCGCCGCAAGUGCGACUCCCUCAGGCAACUGCGGAGCAACAAAGAGGCGGUAGAAUUGUGGCGUUGGCAGCCAAGUCUGCUGGCUUCUCUCUCAACUCGGGCACGGGAAAGAACAAAAAGAAUGGGAACAUCUUUGAGCGUUGGAAGUUAAGUUUUUCUUUAUCUCGAGGAUGAAUAUGAGUACAUGUUUGAACAGAGAUGAAAUAACUCAGUUUUUUAUUUAUUUUUUGUUCUAAUUCUACUUUGGUGUUCAAUUACAUUGUUUCAGGUGUUUUGAUUGUCAGGGAUUUGGAUUAAAAAGUUGUCCUAGUUGUGGAAAACGAGGUUUGACGCCAGAACAAAGAGGAGAACGAUAAAGUGGUCAAGAGCUUGAAAUUAUAGGGCAAUUUAGUGAGACAAAAAUACACAUAAUUAAAGAGUUGGGACAAUUGAAAUUGUAACUUAAAAUAGUAAUUGAUAGUAUAUGUCACUGUGAUAUCAGGGCAAGAUCUUGAGUGUUAAAAUUUUAUUGAAAACAAAUUGAAUAUUGUACAAUUUAUGUAACAUUCAAAUUUCUUCAACUAAGAUAGUACUAUCAGUGCUCGGGGUGGUGGCAAAUAUAAGAAUAUUAUAUAUUCUGGAUAUAUAUUUUAGCUUAUAUAUGUAUAUAUUCACAUAUUUAUAUUGAAUAUAUAUUUUUUAUUAAAAUAAAUUUAUUAAAUCUCUUCUCUUUUUUUUUUAAUUAGACAUAACUAAGGUCACCGCUUAAGCCAUCUCUAACCCAUUUCUCAAAUUUGGUAUAACUUUUACACCAAAUUUGGUGCAACUUUCAUACAUCUUAAAAAUCAUCUCUAACUUACUACACCAAAUUGGGUGCAAAGUAACAGUGUCUUCGUAUUUUCUCUAAUUUUUUUUAAUCAUCAACUAUUCUUUAAUUUAAAAGUUCAUUUAUUUAAUAUUCAAUUUUACUACUAAAAUUAAUAACUACAAAUUAUAUAUUUUUAACAGGAAAAAAUAUUGAAUAGUAAAUUAAUAACUAAAAUUAAAGUCUAGUCGUUGAUUAUGUAGUACUUUCCUUUAAUAAAUUUAGUUUUUAAUUUUUAUGUUAUUGUCCUGCUAAGUUUGUGUUAAUAAUUAAUAAUCAUGAUUGUAACGAUUGUAUUUUUAUUUUUAAUGACUAAUUUUAUUUAAAUGCGUUAGGUAGUUAUUAAUUUUUAUUUGAUAAUUAUACGCAUCAGAUAAUUUUACAAUUUAUUAUGAGUGUUAAAAAAAUAUUAGUAAUUAAACCAUAAGAGAUGUAAAUAUAUAAAAAGGGAUAUAAUAGGAAUUAAUUUUUUUUAUAGUUACAUUUAAAAGAUUAAAUUUUUAUUAUUAAGGUAAAAGAGUAAAUUUUUAAUCAUAAAAUUAAAAGGUUUAUAAAAAUAUAGAAUGGGAUAUGAAAGGAAUUAGAAUUUUUGUUUAGUUGAAAUCCAGGGGCAAAUUGGGAACAAAAGUUUUGCACCAAAUAUAGUGCAAUUGCGCAGUGUUCACUGCACCAAAUUUGACGCCAAAUAUGGCGCUGGAUUGGAGAUGGAAUAGUGGACAUUUUGCACCAAAUUUGGUGCUGGUUGGAGAUGCUCUUAUAACGGAGAAAAACCCUUUCUGUUGUGACUUGGCCAACGUCUACUCUCUCUCAAACAAAAAAGUGAGAAGAAAAAAUAAUAAUAAUAAGUUGCUGAAAUCUCUCCUCUCUCAUCUUCUGGAAGAAUCUCCAUUGCAAUUACUCUUUUACAGGGCCAAGAAUCCAUGGACUCUGACGGUGUUCUCGAUUUUGAUUUUUGUUGGAAUUGAUCAUUCCGCACCUCUUUGGAUCUGGGUUAUAGAAGUUCUUGCGUGUCAACAGGUUGGGUGGUCUACAAUGGAUACCGUGAAAGGACAAGGAGGCAUUCAAAUGCUACUUACUGCCGAACAGGAGGCCCAACAAAUUAUCUCUGAAGCCAAAAACUUGAAACUAGCAAGGUUGAAGCAAGCUAAAGACGAAGCUGAGAGAGAAGUGGCGAAUUAUCGUGCACAUUUGGAUGCUGAACAUCAGAAGAGAAUAGCAGAGACAAGUGGGAGCUCAGGGUCGACUGGAAAACGACUUGAAGAGGAGACAGAGACGAAGAUUAAGGAGUUGAAGCAGACGGCUUCAAAGGUGUCGCCAGAGGUUGUUAAGAUGCUUCUCAAGUACAUCACCACUGUGAAAACUUGAUGCAUGAAGUUGCAGAUUGUCUGGAAAUUAACCUGAUGGACAUGAAGAACAAGCAAUAAAGGAGGACAUCAAUGGCUAGACAUUCAAAAACAAGGAAUUUGGGGCUUCUUUUCAUCUAAUUCAUUCUCUUGAAUUAUGUAGUAGAAAAUAAAUUGGAUUAUCAAGGAAAUGAGAACCAGAGUAAAAAAUGCUUCAUUGAUCUCUUCAUAGA